AUGGCUCUUGCUGGAUAUUUAAUGAAUAAAAAUGUACCUAUGGAUAAACUGCCAUUAAAGCUAUGUUCAGUUAGCCGUUGUUACAGAGCAGAAGUAUCAAGUGUGUCCGAAGAAAAAGGAGUGUAUCGUGUGCACCAGUUUACUAAAGUUGAAAUGUUUGGUGUUUCUUUACCGGGUAAAUCUGAAGAACUGGCUUUAUAUUUUAGAGAUGUACAGGAAGAGUUGUAUACUUCAUUGGGUUUGCACUACAGGGUAUUAGACAUGGCCAAACACGAGCUUGGAGCUCAAGCUUACCGAAAAUAUGAUAUUGAAGCUUGGAUGCCUGGACGUCAAAAAUUUGGAGAAAUCUCUAGUUGUAGUGAUUGUUCCGACUAUCAAGCUAAGCGAUUAAAAAUUCAGUCGGAUGAUAUUUGCUUACAUACUGUAAAUGGAACGGCGUGUGCUGUUCCACGACUCAUUAAAGCGUUGGUAGAAACACAUCAGACCGCUGACGAAUCACUCAAACUACCUAGUGUACUAAGUCCCUUUAUAAAUGGACAAAAUUGGUUGAAAAGCAUAUCUAAUUUUCCAAAAUUAACUCCUAUACAAGCGCAUAGAUAUGACAUGUAA